AUGGGAAAUUCGCCUUUAGCUUUACAUAUUUGUGCAUUUACUUUUAUCGUCUGUCUGUCUGUCUGUCUGUCUGUCUAUCUUUCUAUCUAUCUAUCUAUAGCAAUAUAUUUAUAUCAAUCUAUCUAUCAAUCGCAAUAUAUUUAUAUCUGUCUAUCGCAGUAUCUAUCUAUCUAUUGCAAUAUAUUUCUAUCUAUCUAUUGCAAUAUGUUUCUAUCUAUCUAUCUAUCUAUCUAUCUAUCUAUCUAUCUAUCUCUCUCUCUCUCUAUAUAUAUAUAUAUAUAUAUAUACAUUGCUAUGAAGUUCAUUGUUGUUUUUUUUCGUUUUUUUAUUACUUUUCACUGUCUAUCCCUUCUUCAUUGUUUCUUCUUUAGUGAAUCACAGCUUCACCUUCGCCAUAAUUCUUCGCCCACAACCGCACACUUUAUUCAGUGUAAGAUCUAUCUAUCUAUCUAUCUAUCUAUCUAUCUAUCUAUCUAUCUAUCUAUCUAUCUAUAUACAUUAGUCUUUAUCGUUAUCUAUCUAUCUAUCUAUCUAUCUAUCUAUCUAUCUAUCUCUCUCUCUCUCUCUCUCUCUAUAUAUAUAUAUAUAUAUAUAUAUAUAUGA